UGCAGAGAAUUUCCUCCCAACCGUACUCCAACAUGUGCUGGUGUGCAUUAAUUCUCGUACUGACCUUGUCCUCCUCCUCUCUCGUCACCACUGCUCAUAAGAGAGCCAAUAUUUGUACUCCCAUCAACCCCAUGAACAUCACCAACUGCAAGAAACUACUCACUUUGGGAGCUGAACUCGGCUGGAACAUCCACAACGAAACCCACAUUGACAUCUUGUUCACCAUUCCAAUAUCUAUGGACGACACACCAAAAUGGGUCGCCUGGGGUGUGAACCCGCGUCGGAAAAGGCCGCGGAUGAUCGGAACCAGGGCCAUUAUCGCCGUUUCACAGGCCAACGGGACUUUGAAGGUCAGCAGAUACAACAUCACCAGUGACACCAAGCUGGGAUGUCGUUUGCAGCCUCUGGAGCCUUCCAAAGAGUUCGAAGAUGUCGUCGUCCAAAACAUGACAGGUGAUGUGAAACCUAACAGAUACAUGUCAAUUUUUGCGACGCUAAUUUUGCGUCCAGAUUUAGCUGCGUACGACAUUGCAAGGUUGAACCAUGUGUGGCAAGUUGGGUAUGAAGCUGAUGAGGUUGCUCUGGAGCCUAAGAUGCACCCGACGGCUCUCCAGAACGUGGAUAGCACAGAGACUACAAACUUGCACAGUUGGAAAGGUAUCAGCAUUGGACAUCGCCGGCAACAUCUUAGAACCGUGCAUGGGAUUCUGAAUACUGUGGGAUGGGGAACAUUGUUGCCCUUUGGAGUGAUUAUAGCGAGGUACUGCAGAAGAUAUCCCUUUCAAUGUACACAUUGGUUUUUAUGGCACGUCUCUUGUCAGAUCGUUGGUUACAUUCUCGGCACGAUUGGUUGGGCAAUCGGAAUAUGGCUCGGAAAUGCUUCCAAAGAAUAUCACUUCCACACUCACAAUAUUCUCGCCAUGUUCAUAUUUGCAUUUACAACAUUACAAAUGAUUGCUCUGCGUUUAAGGCCAACGCCAACAGAUGAUUACCGGAAAUACUGGGACAUGUACCAUCAUUUUCUGGGCUACGCACUUUUGGCUGUGAUCAUAUUGAAUAUAUUCCAUGGCAUUGCCAUUUUGAAGCCAGACAAAACCUGGCUAUGUGCUUAUAUUGGAAUCCUUGCAGUGCUUGCUUCCAUCACAUUGGGUUUGGAGAUUUAUACUUGGUAUAAAUUCAUGAAAUCCAAAAUGAGGAGACCAAACACUCCCGGAGAAGUUCAACCUGUUAGUAGUCAGUCUCAGACCUCUUAGGGCAGGUGUAUUUGUUCAUCAGGAAAUUCGGCAAAUUUUCCACUCUUAAGUCGCAAUUCACCUACAUUGCUAUCUACUAAAUCGUUUUAUUUUUUUCCGAUUCUAUUUUCCACUCUGGCUUGGAUUUUAAAUCAAUUAGCCAAUCUUAUGU